AUGAUCACCCAAGACUUAUUCGAUAUCGAUCGCAAUCUUACAUCGGAAACGUUGGAAAAGAGGUUGCAAAAAGCAUGGGACGAAUGCGGUACUGUUAAACCCACACGCGCUCCCACCAAGGUCUUUCGAAGACCGCAGUCAUCGCUUUCCAGUGGGCAUCUCUCUGCUCGACUUAACCGUGUAUUCAAGUUGCGACCUUUUAUUCAAGAAACAACUAUUUCGCAGCCAGGUAACCGAAUCAUGUCUCUUGACGUUUACUCUUUAGCAGAGAAUGGUACUAUAGUCCGUAUGUCUCGUAAACCUUCAGGCACAAUGGUUCCAACUCGGCAAUCUCGAAUUGCAUCAUGCAACACUUGCUUCGACCUUAACCCAGACUGCAUACCGCCAGAAAUGGACGAGUUUUCUGAUAACGAUGUACGAAGAAUCAAUGGACAGCGACGAAUCUGGACCUCGGCAGACUCCUUACAGUUUUCUGCGACAAACGGAUGUCCCUCUUGCUCGAUAUUACUAGAGGGCAUUUCAAGAAGCUGCUCCGAAUUGGUGUAUGAAAGCCGUCUUAUAUGGCAAAGUCCGGCUGCUUCGGAUAGUAUCGGCCUACAAUUUCAUCCUGGUCUUGGGUUGGAGGUCUUGGUGGAGGGUGAUGUACCACAAGACGAGGACUCUUGGGUUUCCUCAGAAGGACAUGUUUCCUUCGAGUUUUAUACAAACUCGAAUAACGAGCCAGCUUGGCCAGCAUUUGGACGUUUAAGAGAUAUCCCUAAGACACUCGACCUUGAAAUUUGCCUCAAUAUCUUGAGGCCAUGGUUAAGAGACUGUUCCAUAAACCACCGGGACUGUUUACCUGCCAAUCUGUCUCAAAUGCCUUCACGGAUCCUAGAUGUCAGUGGAUCUAGAAAUGAAUGUAUUGCUCUCGUGGAAUCUACAACAUUGCAAUACGAGAAUUACAUUGCACUAAGUCAUUGUUGGGGCAAAACCCAAAUGAUAAUGACCGUUAAGUCAAAUUUCGAGGAUCAUCUCGGCGGAAUUCAAUUCGACCAACUCCCAAAAACCUUUCAAGAAGCUGUAAUGAUAACACGCCAGCUUGAAAUAAGGUACCUUUGGAUUGAUUCACUGUGUAUCAUUCAAGAUGACCCAGUAGACUGGGAGACGGAAGCCUCUCAGAUGGCCAUGGUAUACACUUCAUCAUAUCUUACGCUUGCUAUCCUCCACUCACCCAACAAUCAUGGUGGUUGCUUCUCUGAUAGACACACCAGCAAUGUUGGUGAUUUGCCUUUGUGCAUUCCCACGGGAUCUAUAGCUAUACCAUAUCGUGUUAAAGAUCUCACAACUACGGUCAUGACUCGUCUCAUGCCCAGAGAUGCGCAUGCUCAUUUCCUAGGAGACCAGAUUGAUGACACACCACUAGGAAUUCGCGCCUGGGCAUUACAAGAACGCCUUCUUUCACCGCGAACUUUAUACUUCCACCCCGGGGAGCUGGUCUGGGAAUGCAAGACGAGUCUUGCAUGCGAAUGCCAAAAACUUGAAAUUCUUAGGCCAGAUGGAUGUAACGAAUUUGAGAAUUUGUUUGAAAAUGAUCGCUUGAAGUCCGGCAUAAAUUUUCCCCAGGAUAUUACCAUGGGCGAAGCAGGAAUCAACUGGUUUCGAAUUAUUACGGUCUAUUCAAGAUUAAAGCUCACAAAGCAAAGCGACAUACUCCCUGCUUUAUCAGGAUUGGCAGGCCAUUUUUCUAAUGUCAUGAAAUGUGACUAUCUAGCUGGCAUAUGGAGUGCUGAUCUUGAAAGAUCACUAUCAUGGAAGAGAAUCCCUCAAUAUCCACAUGGAGGUCCCGCCGCUAGGCAACAGAGAAAUAACGCCCCAUCUUGGUCCUGGAGUGCCAUAGCAUUGGGCCUUCUAUCGGAUGAUUCGUCGAUAUCUUAUGAAAUACCACUGAAUAGAGGAUUCAACCAAGAUGCGCACUUAAAUUGUCUAUCAUAUACCACUACCAUCUCUGGUAUAAAUCCCUAUGGUGCAUGUACAGAAGGAAAGUUACGCCUUUCCGGGUCUAUGAUCGCAACAGAAUUCUUUGAAGUUUUCGACAUUAUCGGAAAGCGGCCGAGACAACUUGUCUACUUCCACGGCUUCGCAUCUGCCAUCUCACCAGAUAUACGCCUAACUGAGCCUGGCCCGUAUCAAACCCUUGAUGGCGAUGUGUUGCACUGUCUACUUAUUGGGAGUACCAGCUUCCCUAUAUAUCGGAAAAUCCAUAAUAUAGGUACAUUUCCAGGUAAUUGUGACGAUAUAGCACAGAUUGCACUGGUUCUAAGAGCAGAAGACGCCCAGGCUGGAGUGUAUACACGGGUUGGUUUGCUAGAAGUUAGAAGCAGCCAGAAGUGGUUUGAAGGCGCAGAAGUGGUCACACUUGAAAUUAUUUGA